UCACUGAUGCUUAGAUUCAGAGCAAGCCACGACUUUGGGAUGCUGGAAAGUUAUUCUCUAGGAUGACCUUUUAGAGGCUUUGGCUUCCUCAUCUGUGGCUGGGAGAACGAGGAUUUGGAGAACAAACCUGGAGAGAUCUGAAUCAUGCUGAGAAGAUGGUUCUGGGUGACACUCGUCUAACUAUCCAUUUUCUCAUAGAUUUCACCGAGAUGAUGAGAGCUUUGGGGUACCCGCGCCAUAUUUCUAUGGAGAAUUUCCGCACACCCAACUUUGGGCUUGUCUCUGAAGUGCUUCUGUGGCUUGUGAAAAGGUAUGAGCCUCAGACUGACAUCCCUUCUGACAUAGAUACUGAACAAGACAGAGUUUUCUUCAUUAAGGCAAUUGCCCAAUUCAUGGCCACAAAGGCACAUAUAAAACUCAAUACCAAGAAACUCUAUCAAGCAGACGGGUAUGCGGUGAAAGAGCUGCUGAAGAUCACAUCCGUUCUUUAUAAUGCAAUGAAGACCAAAGGGAUGGAGGGCUCCAACGUAGGAGAGGAAGACAUCAGCAAAUUCAAGUUCGAUCUUGGCUCCAAGAUUGCAGAUUUGAAAGCAGCCAGACAACUUGCUUCUGAAAUCACUGCCAAAGGAGCUUCUCUGUAUGACUUGCUGGGCAAGGAGGUUGAGCUGAGGGAACUGAGGACAGAAGCCAUUGCUAGACCUCUAGAGAUCAAUGAGACUGAAAAGGUGAUGAGGAUUGCAAUCAAAGACCUUUUGGCACAGGUUCAGAAGACUAAAGACCUGCUCAAUAAUGUAGCCUCUGAUGAAGCCAACUUAGAAGCCAAAAUUGAAAAGAGAAAAUUAGAACUGGAAAGAAAUCGGAAGCGACUGCAGACCCUGCAGAGUGUCAGGCCAGCCUUUAUGGAUGAGUAUGAGAAGGUUGAGGAAGAGUUGCAGAAGCAAUAUGACAUCUAUCUAGAGAAGUUCCGGAACCUGGCUCACCUGGAGCAGCAGCUUGAUGACCACCACAGGAUGGAGCAGGAGAGGUUUGAAGAAGCUGAAAAUACUCUCCGUCUGAUGCAGAAUAAGCUAAAGGAAGAAGAGAAGCGACUGCUCAAGAGUGGAAGCAACGAGGACUCGGACAUAGACAUCCAAGAGGAUGAUGAAUCGGACAGCGAGCUGGAGGACAGACGGAUGUCUAAGCCUCGGACAGCGAUGGAGGUGCUCAUGCAAGGAAGGCCCAGCAAACGCAUCGUGGGCACAAUGCAAGGUGGAGACUCCGAUGAAGACAUACAAGCAGCACCAGCCCUCUUAGGUAAAUGCAGGACUCCCAGCUCCAGGAAGCAGGAGGACUCGGAGGACAGUGAAAUUGACAUGGAAGAUGAUGAGGAAGAUGAUGAUGAUUUGGAAGAUGAAAGCAUUGCUCUCUCACCAGCUAAGCCCAGUCGAAGGGUCCGGAAACCCGAGCCCUUGGAUGAGAGUGACAAUGACUUCUGACCUUCUUGCCAAGGGACCCAGGCAGAUUAAAAGCCUCAGGUGUGUAGGUAAACAGAGGCUUAGCAGGAGGUAAACAGGGGCUCGGCAGGCUGGAAGGUGACCAUCUGGGCUUAACCAUUUCUGAACCCAACAAAGAUUUUCUUUUGUCUAUCUCCUAACACUUGGGAUCCCUAUACCUGUGUUCCAAGUAAUUCAAAUCUACAAGAAAAUCCCUUGAGGAAAAAUACAGACUGACACUGUAUAAGUCUUGGCUGCUGUUAUUAGUUUUCUUUGAUGAUCAGGCCACAGAGAUGCUCAGAUUAUGAAUGUUUUCUUUUCUCUCAGAGGACCAGUGUUCUUCUGGGAGGCAGAUUAACUUCAAAAUUACAUGCCACCAUCACAGUUCCCCAGCCUGCUCCCUCAGCAAGUGCAGCCCCAACUUCUACUACAUUCGUGUGUGUGUGUGUGCGUGCGUGCGUGCGCGUUAUAUGCGCACAUGUUCUAAUGCGAGCAGGUAGGCAUGUAUGUGUGAAGGCCAGAGGACAACCUCUGUGCUUGUUCCUCAGGAACUGUCCAUCUUUUGGAGGGUCUAGGGAUGGGUCUUUUACUGGGGCCUGGGAGCUCAUCAAUUAUCCUAGACUGACUAGACAGUCAGCUCCAGUCUUACUUCCUGCUUCCCAGGUGUACACUAAGGGUUUGGGAGACUAUACUCAGCCCCUCAUGCUUGCAUGGCAGACUUGUAUCAGCUGAAUUGUAUCCUCAGCCCAACUGGCAUUUCUUAUUUUGUUCCAUUUUUGAGAUGGCCUCACUAUGUAACCAUGGCUACUCUAGAACUCCUAUGCAGACCAGGCUAGCCUUGAACUCACAGAAGUUCAUCUGCCUCUACUUUGUUGGUAUAUGCCCAUGCCCGUGCAUAUAGAAGCCAGAGGAGGACAUCAGGUGUCUUCCUAAUUACUUUCUGCCUUAGUCCUUGAAACAGUCACUCCCUGAACUUGCCAACAGGCUCUUGGUCCACAGUGCUGGGGUUACAGGUAUGGGUAGCCACACCCAUAUUUUUGCUGUUCGUUAUUGUUUUGUUUUUGAGUCCAAGUUUCACUGUGUACCCCUGGUUGAUUUGGAGCUUGCUAUGCAGAUCAGGCUGGCUUUGAACUCUCAGAGAUGUGCAUCCCUCUGCCUCUAGACUGCUGUGAUUAAAGGUUGUGCAGCAUCCCACUCUGUCACUCCGUCUUUUUUACGUAGGUUCUGGGAUCCAAACUUAGGUUCUCAUGCUUGUGUAGAAAGUGGCUAUACUCACUGAACCAUCUCCUUAGGCCCGUAUGCACACCACACAGAGAAGAAAAGUGGGGGAUUAUUUUCAUUUAGUUUACAAAGUCAGAAGAUUUCAAAGGCUACUUACCUGUCCAUAAAAUGUGCAAAAUGUAAAAUGUGAGAUGGCUUAGUGGGAAAGGAGCUCACCAGUAAGCCAAGUUCAGUCCACAGAGCUCACAGGGUGCAAAGAGGGAGCUCGCUCCCACCAGUUAUCCUGUGAUAUCAGCACAGUCAUGCCACACACGACUCCACAUACAAACAGAUGUGAUUUAAAGUGUAUUCAGCACUGUAUUUUUAUAUAAUUAAACGUUACU